GUACAAUCGAAGCCAUUUUUUCCCUCCUCAUUAUACUCUCGUCGUUUUUGAGACGAAAGGCAAACCUUUUGGAGAGAUACAAGCUCGCCUCCAUGGAACGCACAGCAAAGGAAAUAUUUAUCAGGACAAAGUGAACUCUUCGCUUUCGCCGAGUCCAAACGUCGAUGCCAAUUUCCCUUCGAUUUCUGACCCCCAGGAUUUAUCGAUCCGAUUCCAAAAAAAUAAGUCGCCGCUUUUUUCAGUGAAUUCUAUCCAAUAAUGUGAGACAAAGUUAUUGUAUGACGAUUUUCAAUGAGACUAACAAGAAUAAUAAGAAUAAUUUUAAUGGUAGUGAAGUUUUGAUUCUUUUCGUGCCUUUUUUACGAGUCACUGCGAUGUUUUUCAUUUCAUUACAGCAAUAAUCGUAUUGUGAUUUAGUAUCAACGGUAUUUAACGACGAUAAAAAAAAAAGAGAGCUGGAGUACACGCGAUUCAUUGGACGAGUUACGCAUCCCACCAUCGGACCAAUAAAAAGACAUUAAUGUUUCAUAUUUUUAUGGAAAGCUUUCAAAAUCCCGGGAAAGUGUCGUGAAAUGCAGAUAUUUAUAUCGAAUUUCCAUUCGCCCUGCGUAAUCAUGUGCGUAAUGAAUUUCAUGCAACUCUCCAAUGAUCGCACGAUAUUCUGGGCAAUAAUCUGCGAAGAUAACGCCCGUAAACGAGCAUGCAUUCCACAAUCACUCGAGCAAUCACUUCUAUAAAGCUCCUGCAAAAAAGUUUAUUAAUCAGAUCGUGUAAAGAAAAGCGUUUUUCAUUAUUUGUCACAUUUUGAGAAAGUCACGAUUCAUGCAGCUUGGAAAAAAGCAAAAUUAGAAUUCCAAGAUUUUCGAGACAUUUCGCUAUCUUUGACUCCGCGUAUCCAGUCCAUUGAAAUUCCAGGCUGCCCUCGUAUUCACACAUAUCGAGCACAAUGACGCAGCUCUCGCAACCAUCACGUUUGUCAUUGUCGAGAAUCAUUGUGCAUUCCGGAUGUGCUGUAGAAGCAUCCCAUAUUCUCCACAGGAUCUUCAAGCGAUUCGUAAAAAGAUGGCAGGAUCCUUUUGUAGUUUACCAAGUACAAAUGCUACUUCGUGCUUGGACAUGAAACUUUCAGCUUUGAGUUGGAAAGUUUUUUACGUAUCAAUAGACGAGAAUGAAGCAACUGGCGGGAGAAAAGUCAAUUUAUUUCAAUGUUAUUUUCCAAUUCAAAUUAUUCUCUGUGAUCAGUUCGAUCUUCCAAAUCAAUGAAAAAAUGGCGAAGAAUUUUUCAAUUGAAUCAAUGAACGUGAAUUGAUGAUCGCGCGUCUGCUUAUUUUCUUUGCAAAUCGAUUUUCCAGAUGUGAAAAACCGUGGCGCGAGGACGCUGUCAUCGGAACGAGAAUUCCGGAGACGAAUGUGGCUCGGUACCGAUCGAGAUACGGAACCUUUUUAUCCGACAAUAUUUUUUUCCAGAAGCAUGUCUAUGGUGCCAUUUUCCAGGUCAAUUCGACCCUGAAAACAAGUUUUUGCUACUUUCUUUACCAAAAUUCUUUCAAAAUUAUAAUUCUACUCGAAUUACAAAUUUGUGUAGGUGCGUUCCCUUCCUUUUUGGUCUAGCAGCUGGGUCACUUUAUGCAUCUUUCCAUAUCGGGAAAUUUCGUAUUUUUCUUUCUCUUUCGAAUUCGAAAUUUCAUUACACAAAACUAAAAAUGGAUUUCAGAGUCGACAAUAUUGACACAAAUCAAUCGUUCACAAUACUCUUUAAGCUGCAGUUAAGAGUGCGUCCCGACUACAUGACUGUUGAUGAUUUUCAUGAUUUUAUUUAUUCCACUGAGAUAGAAAAACAAUGAGCAAAAUGAGAGGCAGUGAUUGAACAAUAUCAAACAAGAGAUUCCAAUUUUUUGACACAACUUGGAGCUCUCGAUCGCUUCUUACUCUUUUUGUAAUUUAAAAUCAUCAUGAAAUUGGAGUUUCGGUUUUUUCGAAGUAUUCGCAUCUCUAGAAAAAAUCUUUAAUUAACAAUCUGUCAAUAAAGUUUCAUUCAACUUUGUGCAAUGUGAACAGUGGAUGAAAAAAACAAAAAUUUGACAUUGAAAUAUUAACUGAAGGUAUUCGCAGGUUGGAAUGCAAUUGUAAAAUUCAUUGCACUUUCCAACACGAUAAACUGCAAUUAUAUGCAUCGCUCGUCGUGGAGUAAUUAUCGUCCGACUGAAUUUGGUGAGAGCAAAAAAAAAUAGCAUGCAAUUCGUGCAAGCUCGCGUUAGCCUCGCAGUCGAGCAACGUGUGCCAAGUUCAACAACAAUUGGUGGCAUUGUAAAAAUAUCCAACGUUUGAACGGUCGUUGGAUUGGAGAUAUCAGGUAGAUCUGAGAAUAAAAAUUUGAAUAAUAAUAAGAAAUCGAAUGAAGAAAAGGCGGUUCGAUCGUUUCAAAUUGGAAAUUAUUCUUCAGAGACGAACUAUGUGCACAAAUAUUCGACCUGAAACCUUCAACGCCGAUCAGAUCAACAAUCUAAGCGGAGGAGAAAAAUUCCAACACGAAAAGUCUCAAAAAUAUAAAUUGAAAUAAUGAAAAUAAAUAUUGCGAAGAGGCUCGAGCAACUGAAAGAGGAAAGGAACGAAGUUCGCACGACGACACGAAAGAGCAGUAUCUUUAGGCAGUUGUUAGCUGGAUGUACCGCGAAUCUAACGCUGAUAAACGUUGGGCUGCAAUUCGGUUGGCCAACUGUGUCGCUGCCAACUUUGCAAGAUGAAAAGGCUGAAAUCCAUGUAACAUCGAGCGAAGGUGCAUGGAUCGUCAGUUUUUUAUUGGUAGGGGCUUGCCUCGGGCCUGUGAUUUCAGUCAACUUGGUGAAUAGCAUCGGUCGUAAGUGGACGUUACUUCUGACUGUGAUUCCGAGUAUCGGAUCUUGGGUGCUUGUUUAUUACGCUAAAGAUGCACAAAUGUUUUGCAUCGCACGAUUCAUCGGAGGGAUUGCCCUCGGUUCUACUUUUGCAACUGUGCCGAUGUACGUAGGCGAAAUCGCUGAGAAAGAAACGCGAGGGGCCCUCGGAAGUGUCGUUUGUAUUAUGAUUUCGCUCGGAAUCAUCCUGAUCUGUGUCCUUGGCCCUUUCUUCACGAUACCGAUCAUGUCUCUGAUUGCUACCGGCUCAUCGCUGAUAUUCAUGAUUACAUUCAUAUGGAUGCCGGAGACGCCUUACUAUUAUUUGACGAAGAGAAAAUACAAGGAAGCGGAGAGGGCGCUCAUUUGGUUGCGUCGAAGGAGGGAUGUUGAUUUGGAGCUCCAAGAAAUGUGUAUCUUGACGAGGAAAGAAGUGCGACUGGAAGGUGGAAUAAAGGAACUGAUCAAAACCAGGGGAAAUCGUUUGGCGACCCUCAUAGUAUUGGUGACUUUCGGUGCUCAAGAAAUGGCCGGAUUCACCGCAAUAACAGCAUAUUCCGGGCUGAUAUUACAGGGAAUUGCUGACGAGAUUGAUCCUGGAAUCGUCAUUACGGCAGGGGGGGUUGUCACACUGAUAUUUUUCUUCUUAGCUUCUUUCAUUAUCGACAAAAUUGGAAGAAAACUGUUGAUGUUUCUGUCAGCGGUGGGCGACAUAUUAUGCCUUGUUUUAAUGGGCCUUUAUUUCCAACUACGGUCUAAGGACACGGAGGAUGUGAAUUGCAUGUUUUGGCUCCUCGUCGUCCCUCUGUUGGCUCUUCAAGCUUUUUACGCAAUCGGUCUUGGACCUGUGCCCUGGGCAAUUGUCUCAGAACUGUAUCCCUUGAACGUCAAGGCCUCCGCGACCAUGGUCUUCUCCAUUUAUUCUUCAAUACUCAGUUUCUUUACUUGCAAACUGUACCAAGUUGUCACCGACCAAUGGGGAGAACCCGUCGUCUUUUACAGCUGUGCCACCAUCGAAGUGAUCUUCAUUGGGCUGGCCAUGUUCAUCGUUUUUGAAACCAAAGGCAAAUCUUUUAAGGAAAUUCAAGAUCGUCUUAAUGGAAUCCAUAGAAAAGAAAUAACCUCUCCAGACAAAGCCAAACUUUUCAUCGUUGAUUCACCCAGCAAUGAUUAAUUUCCUGCAAGUAGAAAAAUUUACGUGAAUACAUCGACCAAUUAGAUUGUGGAAAAAUAUUUAACCAUUCACCGUUUAACUUCAAUCAUGGGAAAAACGAUAAUUUUAUGCUCAAGAACUCUGAAAAUUUACCAUUAGAUUUUUUAUAGCGCUUCAUCAAACUCAAGCAUUUAAUUAAUUGACUGGAUCGGAAAAUUUCAAUGAAAUGAAAAUAUUAUUUUGGCUACCGGUUCUUUAUCAUUUUAAAGCUCUGUUGCAGGAUGAACAACAUUCCGUUUAUCUCUUCGUCGUUUUCUUGCACGCUCAGCAUCAACGACCGAAGUUCGAUCCUUUAUCGCAAAGUCGCUAGAAGCUUAAAAUAAUGGAUGAAAAAUUAAAUGAAAAAAAUUAACUAUACAAUAAAAGUUUUUCGUGAAAAUCCAAGAAAAAAUUUAAAUGCACACUUUUUUGAGCUUCAGCUUGAACUUUGAAGUCUCCUUGGACUUUGGUCGAGUUGACAUGAGUUUUCGAGGGUUUUCUGGAGGAUGGCCCUCUUGAUUGAUCUUCCUCGAUGGUUUCCAUAGGUUUUGAUGCCAUCAGAGUCACAGAUUUUGUUUCUCUAUUCUUUCGAUUUUUAUAUUUAUCAUACCAUGAAUAUUUAUGGGAACGAGUAUUCUUGAAGUUUUUUGAAAGAUUUUGAAAAUCUAGACAUGCAAUCGGCAAUGAAGCUUUAAUAAAAAAAAAUUGAUAGAUAAAA